CGCUUAUCCACUUUAUGCCUCUCAAUUCCGCCCGCCAUGCUCAGCACACUAAUCCUGUCCCUGAUAGCUUCAGGCGUCUUGUACUACAUUAUUAGCGCGUUUUACUGUGUAACGUUCCACCCGCUCGCUUCAGUCCCGGGUCCUCCCCUUUGUGCAUUCAGCCGCAUCCCCUACUGGUAUGUCUCGUUCGGCGGCGUUGACGUGUUCUGGAUGAAGCGGCUGCACGACAAGUAUGGCCCCGUCGUUCGUUUCGGACCCACCGACCUCAGCUAUGCAUCCGCCGAAGGUUGGCAAGAAGUUCACGGCGCAAAAGUGCAGGAAAAGGCGGUGGAAUUCUCGCCUCAGCCUGUCAACGGCGUCCCACCCGUCCUGACAGCCACCCACCCGAACCAUACCCGCGUGCGCCGCCUGUUCUCGCCCGCCUUCUCCGCGCGCUCUCUGAAGGCGCAGGAGCCUCUCUUCCAGAAAUAUGCCGAUUUGCUCAAGCACAAGGUCUCCGAGGUCGGCCAGGAUGGCCAGAAGCCGGUCGAUAUUGGAGCAUUGCUGAAUUUCACAACCUUCGAUGUCAUGGCCGAACUCACCUUCGGGCAAAAUCUGGGCAUGCUUGCGAAGACCGAAUACAGUCCGUGGGUGGCAUCCAUUGUUGAGUCUCUCAAGAUGCUGCCCCUGGUGGCAAUGAUUAACUACUACCCCUUGCUACGCGUCACGUUGUUUGAGCGGUUCCAGCCAAAGUGGAUUGCGGAGCAGAGAGAGGCGCACUGUGCGUUUUCUGCGGAUCUGGUGAAUCGGCGGUUGAAAGUAGGGUCGAAGAAGCCUGAUGUGUGGAACCUUGUGCUGGACGACAAGGGCAAGGGACUUACACUUGAGGAGAUGCAUUCUAACGCUGAGCUCUUCAUGCUGGCAGGUUCGGAAACAACGGCAACGCUUCUGAGUGGUGCUAUAUACAAUCUCCUCAGGAGCCCACGUUGUUUCGCGAAGCUGGUCGAUGAAGUCAGAAACGCUUUCGAUAGCGACGGAAAGAUGACACUGGAAAACCUCGGCAGCCUAAAAUACCUGAAUGCAUGUCUUAAAGAAGCCCUCCGGAUCUACCCCCCCGUCCCCAUCGGCAGCCCGCGCAUCAUUCAACAAGGCGGCCAGAUGAUUCUCGGUACAUGGGUGCCCCCCGAAACCCGCGUCUCCGUACACCACUGGUCGACGUACCACUCUUCCUCCAAUUUCACCGACCCCAACAGCUACGUUCCCGAGCGGUGGCUGGGCGACCCCAAAUACGCCGGGGACGCCUUCAGCGCGCACCAGCCGUUCGGCUCCGGGUAUCGCAACUGUAUUGGGCAGAACAUGGCCAUGCAUGAAAUGAGGCUGAUAAUGGCGACGUUGUUGGUGGGGUUUGAUUUGGAGCUUUGUGCGGAGAGUGAGGGGUGGGAUGAGCAGAAGAGUUUUGCACUGUGGAUCAAGGACCCGCUGAUGAUAAGAGCGAGGCCGAGGAGUAGAGGUCGAGGCGACAAGCUGUAG